CGGCUACGCGCGCCGCAGACCACACGCACCUAAGCAUAAACACCACACAAAAUAACAAAACACUCCUCUAACAAAAUUACGAUAACCAACCCAAAGUUUAUAACAAAAAUAUAAUUUUAAUUUAUUAAACAUUAAUUUAUUGAAGUGCAUAAUAUUAUUAGCUAUAAAAAUGUGUAAAAAUGUUGCUAUAAUGCCUUUGAAGAAGAGUGUGGACUCAGCCAUGCAGAAGUCAUGCAAGCCAGCGAUGCUGGGUCGCAUGUGGCAAGCGAGCCGGCGCGCGCUGAACCUCGAGCAUGCGCCCGCGCACCAGUUCGCCUGCAGCCAAUGGCAGUCUAGUCCACACCCCUCCACUACAUACUUAAUAUAUAGAUGGCUACUAUUCAUCUCGGUGAUAUCGACGGGUAUUGCGAGUUUCGCCUGCCAGCGUCUGCCGCGGCGAUACGAGGGACCCAUAAAGGAGCUGAACUACUUGAAGUGGUUCAUCUACUUCACCAACUGGGGGUACCUACUCAUCGCAUUGCAGUCAGCUCUCGCCCUCGCCGUUAUCAUCAGUUAUAGGUCACAGAAAUGCAAUUCUACAUACGAAGAAGAUGAGAUCCCGAUUCCUUUGGGGCGGCGCGUGCGCACUCCGCUAUUGUGUCGCGCCUAUUGGCUGUCACAUAACAUCGCCACUGACCUCGCCUUCGUCAUCUCACUAGUCUACUGGGUUCUGGUCCAUGACCCUAAAAUCCACGAGGUCAACGCCCUCAACGUACUUGUCCACGGCGGGAACUCGUUGGUGAUGGUGAUAGAGCUGAUGGUGACGUCACAUCCCGUGAGGGCUGCGCAUGCGCUGUACAGUGCAGGGGCGGGCCUCGCGUACGGAGUGUUCAGUGCCUUCUACUGGGCUGUGGGUGGCACUGACAGGAUCGGGCUACCAGCUAUCUACCCAGCACUGGAUUGGAAUAAGCCUGCGUCCUCUUACGUCCUCUAUGACGAAUGGCAUGGCAUUAUCAUUAGUGUGGGAGAGCCAAGCUUCGGCACGAAUACCACGGCCUCACAUAAAACCGGCGUGAAACAACUACAUCGUUGUGUUUCGCCGAGUGAGGAUACCGGAGUCCCAAACCUUUCCCUCGUCGAAUGCUAA